CAGAUAUCGCUAUCGGCAACGCUGGUUCAUAUUGAGCUCAGAACAGCCUUGUGCAUCUGCUCACUAUGGAGAAUACAAUGUCAGAGGAGGAUUUCGAUUGGACUUCGCUGCUAGAGAAAGGUGGCACAAUAUCAGUGGACGGAGACAACUCUUGGUUUGAUGGCUUAGAAUAUUUAUACAACGACUCCAUCGACAAUAACGGCAGCUGUUGCGAGGGGGGCGACGUGUGCGACCUGAGCGAGGGCAGGAACUUCGAGGCAGUGUUCAUCCCAGUUCUGUACUCUGUGGCGUUCGUUGUGGGCAUCCUGGGAAAUGGAGUGCUGCUGGGGGUUCUGGUUCAGAGCAGGAAGACCUGGAGUGUGACAGACACCUUCAUCCUCCACCUGGGUGUGGCUGACAUCCUGCUGCUGGUGACGCUGCCCCUCUGGGCCGUGGAGGCGGCUCAACCUGCUGGCUGGACCUUUGGUACUCCCCUCUGUAAGAUCACUGGGGCUGUUUUCACGUUCAACUUCUACUGUGGGAUCUUUCUGCUGGCCUGCAUCAGUAUGGACCGCUACCUGUCCAUCGUUCACGCCACACAGAUGUACUCCCGUAAAAAGCCUUGGGUGGUUCAUGCCAGCUGCUUUGCUGUGUGGAACUUCUCCUUGCUCCUCUCCAUCCCUGACUGGAUCUUCUUGGAGGCUGUGAAGGAUGACAGACGAAACAGAAUAGAGUGCGUUCCCAACUACUACAAGUUUAACUCUGAAUCAGUAGGCGACUGGCGACUGGCAUCUCGCCUGCUCUACCACACUGUGGGCUUCCUGGUUCCCUCAGCGGUCCUAGUCUUCUGCUACUCCUGCAUCCUGCGGCGGCUGCGCAGCGGCUCCCAGGGCAUCCAAAAGCAGAAGGCCUUCAAGGUCAUCGUGGCCGUGGUGGUGGUUUUCUUUAUCUGCUGGACGCCCUACAACAUCACGCUCAUGGUGGACACACUUCAUUCCGCCAACAGCAGCGAUACCUGCGGGGUCAGGACGUCUCUGGAGAAAGCAAAGACCAUCACCUCCUCCGUGGGUUACCUCCACUGCAGCCUCAAUCCCAUCCUGUACGCCUUUGUGGGCGUGAAGUUCCGGCGUCAGCUCCUGGACAUCCUGAGGUCUCUGGGCUGCAAGAUAAAGAAAAGCGCCAAAUUCCAUUCUGUCGUCAGCAGCAGGAGAAGCUCUUUUUGGUCGGAGUCUGCCGACACCUCCAACUCCAUCGCUAUCUGAGUGGGAGACGGACACACAUCAAUAGUCAUGUUAAUAAACCUGAGGAGUUUACAGACUCACUGUCCUUUAACGUCACUGUCCUUUUACGUCACUGUCCUUUUACGUCACUGUCUUGGGCAAUACAGCGUGUUCCUGUACAUUUCCCAUGAUGCAUUACAUGUAUAAGGCUGUGCUUCCUUUCAACUUUCUGUUGUUCAUAGUGCAUUAAAAGCUGAACAUUAACCACAUGGCCGCCAUGCUGCGACUCAAGAUGCUUUUUAUAACAUUUCCCUUUCCUGAUUACCACACAUCAUUUUACUAUUAGUCAGCAUAUUAUGUUAAACUGUGGAGAGUAUGAAUAUUGUUUUUUACUUGGAGUAUGAAUACUGUUUUUUACUUGGAUUUUUUACUUGGAUCAUAUUUUUUACAGUAUAUUUUACCAUGUUUUUGUACAAGGAAUAUUCAAAUACAGAAUAAAGCUUUAUUAAUCAUGAACAA